GUCGGUCACGGACGCGUCACAAAGUUUUGUCUCCUCCCUGGCGGCGGCAGCGGCGGCGCCUCCGCCCAGUGAGCGCCGGGCCCGGGGAUGUGAGGGAGCGGCGGGCCGCCGGAGCCCGACCCGAAAGAGCACUUGGUCAUGGUCAUUGUUAACCAGCCUCGAAUGCUAUUUGAAUGUGAUUUCAGUCUGCAGCUGAUGGGGGACAUGCUUUCAUCAUAAGCUGUCCUCUGAAACCAGUGGAUUGCAUUGAAAUGGAAAACAAAAAGGAACCUCCUUCCUUCAACGAGGAUAAUUCUGGGCCUAUAAGCUAUAAAUUCCCUUUUUACGAGACAAUGGAGCUUUUCAUUGAAACGCUCACAGGAACUUGUUUUGAACUCAGAGUGUCACCUUUCGAGACUGUGAUUUCGGUGAAGGCCAAAAUUCAAAGACUAGAAGGUAUUUCCAUAGCACAGCAACAUCUCAUCUGGAACAACUUGGAACUUGAAGAUGAAUACUGUUUACAGGACUACAAUAUAUCAGAAGGUUGUACUCUUAAACUGGUGCUUGCCAUGAGAGGGGGACCUAUAAAUACCAGAAGGGUUCCAGUGGAAGAUCCGACUAGAGAUAUGGCUGAAUACAUGGAGACCAGUCGAGAUGACAUCUGGGAUAAGAUCCCUUCUAACAAGCAAGUGACCUUUCUAGUAUAUCGUGAAGGGGACCAGUUAAAUUUCUUUCGAGUUGUAGAUCGUGGGGAUGGCACUUUAACACCACUCUCCGAAUCCCUGAGUGGAGGCUCAAUGUUCAACCUAUACGCUGAUGAUGAAGAUGAAUGUGAGGCGUCUCCGUCUGGGCAGCAGAUAUUAGAAAAUUCUAUCACUAUGAACAAAAUGAAACUUCUGAAGGCAAAGAUGGAAAAUAUGAACCUCAGUAAAAAGCCCAAGAAGAUUGCCAAGGUGAAGCCAAGGCCUCCCAUGGCACCCAGACCGACAAGUAGUUCAAUUACUGCAGCUCGUCAUCGCCUUUUCCGGGUUCUCCCUCACAAUGGGCAGUCUCUCAAUCAUACCUUGUACCUACCUCCUGUUGAUCAGCAUCCAGCUUUUUCCUACCAUAAUGUGUUGAGUCCCAAUUUUGCUUCUGGUAUCAGCUUGGCCCCAUCAUCAUCCAGUGGCUUCCUCUUGAAGGACGAUGAAAUUGCUGACUUCACUCCUUUGCUCCAGAGUGCUAUUCCGUCACCAGGCAGAAUUCUGCAGGAAGAAUUGAAAAACCCACGGCAACAGAAGAUGCUUCCGUCACUUGCUCCUCAGGACUACAGGGAUGCUCCAACAGUUUGUACGGAUUUUGUAACUGACUGUACGGCAGGUGGCUCAGGACUAAAAUCCCCAGAUACUGAAGUGACUCUUUCGGAAGAAAGAAGAGUACCUGAUGAUGCUGCGACUGAUCUUGCCUUGUCCAUAGAUGCUGAUCGUGCAGAAGAGGCCAAGCUACUGAAUGAAAUUGGACUUAAAACUUCACCGAGUGAACUCGCUGAGGAAGAGUCUAAGCCUCCAGAAAAGGAUGUUGUGGAACCAAAUAUUAUUAGACCAGUUUUUCCAAAUCCACUGGGAUGUGUUCCAAUGGAAUCUGGGAAAUCAAGUUUUGCUGAGUUACUUCCAAAGGAUAAAGUAAUGCCACCCACCAGAUAUCCUGCAGCAGUCUCUCACAAUUCCUUAAUUACUCUUGCAUCUCAAAGACCCCCAAAGACCUUUGACAUAAAUAACCUAACAUCUGCUUCACAACAGCUACUACACUCGCUUCAGGAUAGUGAUGGUUUUCCCAGUGUUUCACUGUCGAAGGGAAGCAGGUUUCGAGGACUUAAACUAGAUUCUCCUGGAAAGAAAACUGACCUCAUCUCUCAAACUGAGAUGAGCGAGAUGGCAAACAAAGCAACGAUGGAGCCUUUGGACUCUGCAAAAAAUAUUGGCACAUUUGCUUCGCUGGCUCGAAGCACAUCCAGGGACAGUAUGCAGAGUAACUGUGGGACAAGCAGACAGUGGACGUCUGGUAUUGCACUACCUGCUAGCAUUCAGAAUUUUCAUGAAGAGAUUUUUGGAAGCAUUGCAUCACCAGAUCGUGUUUCAAAUGCAUUUGUUUCUCCCCUUGGAUUUUGUGCAACUGGCAAACCAACAACAAUAGGAAGGCGAAUAGGUGCAUCGGGUACCCCUACACAUCAUUUUCCACCAGUAAAGGCUCCAACCCAGACAAAAAAGAAAAAUGCCAAGCACUGUUUCCUUUGUGGGAAGAAAACUGGAUUGGCAACCAGCUACGAGUGCAGGUGUGGAAACAACUUUUGUGCAACUCAUCGCUAUGCUGAGACUCACGAAUGCACGUAUGACUACAAGACGGUGGGAAGGAGAUAUUUACAAGAGACCAACCCUGUCGUUAGUGCACCAAAGCUUCCAAAAAUCUGACCCGUGUAGAGUUGUGUGCAACUUGUAAGACUGUGCAAAAAGAACGAUAUAUUUAACCAUUUUGCAUAAUUUUGACCUUGGCCUGGAAAGACAAAAUUGCCAAUCAGAAGCACAUAAUUGAUGCUUGGUAUUUAUGUAUUAUGUAAACACUAUUGUGGGUUUUUAGUUUGCAUAAUUCUUUUAGUAAAUUGUCAAUGUGGGGAAAAAAAUGAAAUUUCCUGAAGAUUUAUGCUGUGAGUUUGGUUUCCAAUGAAUGCAGAUGUUUUAAUUUUGUAUUUGGUGCAGACAAUGCUUCACUAGCAAAUCUUGCAAGAAUGCACUUUAUUAAAAACCUGUCACUACUGUUUGACUGAAAUAAAUCCCAAGGGAGGACCCUUUUUUUUUCAAAAAGAUGGCAUGUGCAUUAGGUCUUUGUAAUAUAACAUUUUAAGUACGUGUCUAUUUUAACAUUGCAAGUUCUCGUUGAAAGUAUAUUUAUUUCAUGGUGAAAAAUUUGCGCCUCUGCUGCUUCUACAGAUGUUGACACCAUUGAUGGCUGGAUUCAGUGACAACUGUACUUAGCUCCCAUACUGGGUUGGUUGUGCAAUAUCUCUUUAGUUGUUUUAAAAAAAAACUUUCAAGUUUUAUGCACUGUAUCAAGAUAAUUGACCACCUGACUGGAAACGUGUUCUGAGGUAAUUUUAAAACUUGUUCUUCUGUCUUUGACUGGUCCUCAGAAAUAAUCCUCUGCCUAAUUCUUUGCUUCAGUUACAUAUCUCACAUUUUGGCAAAAUGAAUCUUUUUUGUAAUCUCAGUUUUUUAAAUACAAGACUCUACACACUUGUUUUUCUUGCAAAUAAAAAUUAGUGCUGUUAACAA